GUCAGUGGCGUCACAGACACACCUCCUUCAUCACCCUCCACGCUCCCCUCCACCACCACCACCUCCGUCUGUGGUCGACGCCGACACGGCUACCAGGACGCUGCCUCUCUCUAGUACACAGUAAUCUUGUGGUGACACUCUACACUACCACGAGUACUGGUCAAGGCUCUAGUACACAGCAGCCUUGUGGUGACUCUACACUACCACGAGUACUGGUCAAGGCUCUAGUACACAGCAGCCUUGUGGUGACGCUCUACACUACCACGAGUACUGGUCAAGGCUCUAGUACACAGCAGCCUUGUGGUGACGCUCUACACUACCACGAGUACUGGUCAAGGCUCUAGUACACAGCAGCCUUGUGGUGACGCUCUACACUACCACGAGUACUGGUCAAGGCUCUAGUACACAGCAGCAUUGUGGUAACACUCUACACUACCACGAGUACUGGUCAAGGCUCUAGUACACAGCAGCCUUGUGGUGACGCUCUACACUACCACGAGUACUGGUCAAGGCUCUAGUACACAGCAGCCUUGUGGUGACACUCUACACUACCACGAGUACUGGUCAAGGCUCUAGUACACAGCAGCCUUGUGGUGACGCUCUACACUACCACGAGUACUGGUCAAGGCUCUAGUACACAGCAGCCUUGUGGUGACGCUCUACACUACCACGAGUACUGGUCAAGGCUCUAGUACACAGCAGCCUUGUGGUGACGCUCUACACUACCACGAGUACUGGUCAAGGCUCUAGUACACAGCAGCAUUGUGGUAACACUACACUACCACGAGUACUGGUCAAGGCUCUAGUACACAGCAGCCUUGUGGUGACUCUACACUACCACGAGUACUGGUCAAGGAAGCAUCAGAAUCCGACACUUCAGCGAGAGGUGGAGCCUUACAAGUGCAGGAGCUGAUGUGUAAAUAAAAAAAUCCAGCCUCUGGGAUUGCCUUGUACUUAAAAAGGCAUUUGACUUAGAAUCUCAAGUUACUCUGCUGUGAUAUCUCGUCAAGUUUUCACUUAUAUUAAACAAGGGAUUUUCCCUGAUUUUGAGUCGAGAUGCAUUUCUUAUACAGUACUGUAUUUAGUAUGUAUGAUUUUGUAUUUAGCUGGUUGAACACAGUUUUAUAUUUGUAAUAUUUGAACAGGAAUUUGGUUGUGUACUAAACUAUUAAAACAAAGUUGCCAAAGAAAAUAAGCCGUAAAGAUUUGCAAGGGCUAUAAAAAAUAUCUCGGUGGAAUUCAGUUGUCUUCAGACUUAAAACUUUUGGGAAGACAUUACUACCAAAAUGUGGCCAACAUCAAAUGGCCCUGUGAGUGGCAAGCACGGCCCUCUUGUAGGGGCUGUUGAUCAGGGAACAUCAUCUACUCGUGUCUUGGUAUUUUCUGCUGGGACAGGAGAGGUGCUGACAUUCCACCAGGAAGAAGUGUCUCAGAUUUACCCUAAGGAAGGAUGGGUGGAGCAAGACCCCACUGCACUCCUCAAGUCUGUUUUAACAUGUAUUGAAAAAACAGUUGCGAACUUAAGGACCUUAGAGAUUGAUCCUGCAGAUAUCAAAGCCCUUGGAAUCACCAACCAGAGGGAGACAACAAUUGUUUGGGACAAGACAACAGGGGAUCCUCUAUAUAAUGCUGUUGUGUGGUUAGAUGCACGUACUGCAAGCACAGUGGAAGAGCUAUUGAAGGAGACUCCGGGACAAAACAAAGAUUAUGUUAAAGAUCUUUGUGGCCUUCCUAUUACCACUUACUUCUCAGCACUAAAAUUGCGUUGGCUUUUGGAUAAUGUGAAGGAAACUUAACUGGUGGCAUAGAUGGUGGGCUGCAUGUAACCGAUGUAACUAAUGCUUCUCGUACCAUGCUCAUGAACAUAGCCACAUUACAGUGGGACGCCAAUUUGUGCAAAUUCUUCAAUAUUCCAAUGUCUAUUCUUCCUGAGAUCAGAAGCAGUUCUGAAAUAUAUGGCUAUAUAACAAAAGGUCCAUUACUUGGGGUUCCAAUAUCUGGAGUUCUGGGAGACCAGCAGGCAGCUCUGGUGGGGCAGAUGUGUAUGUCUCGAGGCCAGGCCAAGAAUACAUAUGGUACAGGAUGCUUCUUACUUUAUAACACCGGAACGCAGAUUGUGCAGAGUGAACAUGGUCUUCUCACCACAGUUGCCUACAAAUUUGGCAAAACUGCUCCAACUAUUUAUGCCUUAGAAGGUUCUGUUGCUAUUGCUGGAGCAGCUGUGCGCUGGCUCAGAGACAACCUCAGCGUAAUCAAGACGUCUGCAGAUAUUGAACCAUUAGCCAAGACCGUUAAGGACUCGGGAGGUGUUUACUUUGUUCCGGCCUUUUCUGGUUUAUACGCACCUUAUUGGCGCACUGAUGCAAGAGGGACCAUAUGUGGCUUGACUCAAGGCAGCACUGGAGCUCACUUGGCACGAGCUGUGCUUGAAGCAGUUUGCUUUCAAACUCGAGAAAUCCUAGACUCUAUGCAAAAAGACUCUGGCAUUGCCCUUAACAAGUUGCAAGUAGAUGGUGGGAUGACGUGUAACAAUACUCUAAUGCAGUUGCAGGCAGAUAUUGCAGGUGUACCUGUUGCUCGUCCAAGCAUGACAGAGACUACAGCACUGGGAGCAGCGAUGGCGGCAGGUGCGGCAGAGGGCAUAGGUGUGCUUGACCUGACAAAACUCUCUCCGCUUACUACUGAUGACUUCACACCAGCCAUAUUGCCUGAGGAACGGGAAGAUCGCUACGAGCGAUGGUGCAUGGCCGUGGAGCGCUGUAUGGGCUGGGAGUUACCACGGGAUAAACAGCCAGGACCAGAUCACGAAUACCGAUUACUGUCUUCCGUUCCAGCUGGUCUGUUUCUACUGUCUUCGUGUUUUAUCUUAAUGAUGGCCAGUCACCUGCAUAAAUCUUCAUGACACCACCACACCUCUUAUCCUCUGAGGAAGAAUUUUAAGUGUUAAUGAGCAGCUCGUAAAUUUGACAGGAUUCUGAAUUGGUGCUUGUAUAAUUUGAUUAUAUUGAGACAUGUUCAGUGUACUAAAGUAUCUAGCAACUAUCUAGUCCAUUGUUUCCAACACUAUGCUAGCAAAAUAGUGUUACUGGGAGUUGAUAUGUAGCAUAAUAAUCUACAGUAUCAUUUUUGGCAUCAAAAAUUAGUUGUAACAUCUUGUAUAACAAAGUUUCAAUAUGCUGAAGAGUAUUGAAUUCUCUCAUAAUAUUUAAAUUUUUGUACUGUAUAUGGUAUUUAUUUCAGUAUGUAAAGUAAAAUAAGAGCACAAGCUCAGCACUUAAUGAAAGUCAAGACAUCAUUUUAAAAAUAUUGUAACAAGUCUGUGAAAUCUUUGGAAUGAGAAUGUAGCAUUAAAGUGUACAAAGUUCUUUUUAAUUAAAUAGUUCUUUUGAAGUA